CCCCGCGCGCGCUCGGCCCGGCUCCCGCGCAGCCCGGCCCGGCCCCGCUGCUGCGCCCCGGGGGGUGGUGGGUGGGCUGGGUGCAGGCCAUGGGGGCGCCCCCCGGCUACCGGCCCUCGGCCUGGGUGCACCUGCUCCACCAGCUGCCCCGCGCCGACUUCCAGCUCCGCGCCGUGCCCAGCGCCUUUGCGCCCGCCAAGCCCGAGUACCAGCAGGCCCUGCUGCUGGUGGCGGCCCUGGCAGGCCUGGGCCUGGGCCUGAGCCUCAUCUCCAUCGCCGUCUGCCUCAUCCGCUUCUGCUGCUGCCGCCCGCCACAGCCCCCCACGCCCCAGAGCCCCUCCCCAGGCACCAGCUGUGCCACCUGGAGCUGCAUUGCUGCCCUUCUCGUCGGCUGCGCCGGGAUUGGCAUCGGUUUUUAUGGCAACAGCGAGACCAGUGAUGGGGUGUCACAGCUCAGCGCGGCCCUGCUGCAUGCCAACCACACGCUCAGUGUCAUCGACGACCUGGUGCUGGAGACCGUGGAGAGGUUGGGUGAGGCCGUGCGGGUCGAGCUGACCUCCUUGGAGGAGCUGGUGGCCCCACGCACGGAGCUGGUGGCCGCGGCCCGGGGGACCCGGAGGCAGGUGGAAGCCUUGUCUCUGCAGCUCCAGGGACUGGCCUUCUGGCGGGGGGUCCCCUUGAGCCCCCUGCAAGUGGCUGAAGACGUCAGCUUUGUGGAGGAGUACAGGUGGCUGGCCUAUGUGCUCCUGCUGCUGCUCCAGCUCCUCGUCUGCCUCUUCACGCUGCUGGGCCUGGCCAAGCAGAGCAAGUGGCUGGUGGCCGUGAUGAUGGUGAUGAGCCUCUUGGUUCUUGUCCUGAGCUGGGGCUCUAUGGGCCUGGAGGCGGCCACAGCAGUGGGCCUCAGUGACUUCUGCUCCAGUCCCGACACUUACCUCCUGAAUGUGACCCAGGAGGAGACGGGGCUCAGCUCAGACAUCCUGGGCUAUUACUUCCUCUGCAACCAUGCAGUCUCCAACCCCUUCCAACAGAGGCUGACUCUGUCCCAGCGAGCUCUGGCCAACAUCCAUUCACAGCUGCAGGGCCUGGAGCGAGAAGCCGUCCCCCAGUUCCCUUCUGCACAGAAGCCUCUGCUGUCACUGGAGGAGACCCUGAAUGUGACGGAAGGGAACUUCCACCAGCUGGUGGCAUUGCUGCACUGUCGCAGUCUGAACAAGGACUACGGCGCAGCGCUGCGUGGCGUGUGCGAGGACACCCUGGAGGGGCAGCUGUUCCUGACGCUCUUCUCGCUGCUGGCCGCCGCUGCCCUGGCCGCUGCCCUCUGCAGCCUGCCACGGGCCUGGGUCCUCUUCCCGCCCAGUGACGAGUAUGAUGACACAGAUGAUGACGACCCUUUCAACCCUCAGGAGUCCAAGCGCUUCGUGCAGUGGCAGUCGUCUAUCUGAGCCCCUCCUCCGCGUCAGGCCCGACUCUGUGCCCCCUCUCCGGGCCCUCCCCGGCAGCCGGAGAAGACCCCACUAACCAGCCUCACCGGGCACCCCACUAAUGAGGUCCCUGGCCACGGAUACCCCCAACACACAGCUGCCUCCCGAUGCCACAAGUGGGGUGAAGGGCAGCCCCGGGCCUAGUUGGAAGAGCCCCCCAGGGCCCACCCCGGCCCCCCACGGCCACAAGCAGCAGUGAUGCGGGAGCGGCGACUUGAAUAAAAGGGACUUUAUUUUA